AUGUUCAGCCGGUUAUCAUCAUUGGCCCUGCGAAAUGUUGGGAAAAAUCGAAGUUCUCUGAAAUAUAUAACAACACUGACCUGCACAAAGUUACCUCGCCAUGCUGCUGCUGCCACAAAUUAUAUCCAACAACAACAAAGGAGUUACUCCUCCAACAAUACUAAACAACCAACAGAACAUGUAGUCGAUUCGAUACUUGAUCACGCAACCUAUGAGCGGGUGUGUGUUGAAACAUUGGAUGGCCUCAAUGAUUAUUUUGAACAAUUGUUGGAAAGUGUUGAAUCGAUUCCCGAUAGUGAUUUGGCAUAUAGUGAUGGAGUCCUAACUGUGAACCUGGGCAAACAUGGCACCUAUGUUAUAAAUCGCCAGACACCCAAUCGCCAAAUAUGGUUGAGCUCCCCCACAAGUGGUCCCAAGCGUUAUGAUUUUGUGGGAGAAGCCUCUGGGGUAACGGGUAAAUGGGUAUAUCGCCACACGGGAGAAUCCCUACACGAGUUAUUGCAGCAGGAGCUACAGAAAAUCUUUGAAAGUCAGAAGAUAGAAAUGGAUGACUUACCAUAUGGAGGUAGAUAA